CCAGCUCAAAAAGAUGCAUCUUCAUGUACUCUGAGUCAGCUUAAAAAAAGGAAGACUGAACUGCUGACCAAAUAUAUAAUAUUAUUUAUGUGUCCAACCGUAUUUAACCAAAUAUACCUUUCUUGCAAUUUCUUGGAGGAUUGAACAAAAGAAGAGUAGGUCCUUCUUACAAUAGCUUUUCAAAAAUGGCCGAACACACCGUCAUCUCAGACUGUUUUUAAGUAGAGUUAUUUUUUCAAAAAGCUCAUGCCUGUGCCUUUAUUCAUGUUGAUGAGCAACGGAUGAGUCAUCAACUAAAAGUUAAAACAUUCACCCACCAUUUCUAUCCCUUUAAAUGCACAUGCAUUUUACAGGUUUCUUCAAUCUCUUGAAAGUAGAGCAUUCAAGGCUUACUUGUUGCAGACAAGUCAGUUGGAGAUAGAGAUGCUGAAUUGCAGCACUUCUAGAAAUAUGAAGAACCAGCUCCAAGAACACAGUAUUGGAAUCCCAGUCAGCUGCCAAUACGAUAAGCCAUCUCCCCCAAAUGGCUCUGGGGCAAUAAUUCCAAAAAAAAUGAAUUCAAUGAAUUAUAGGAUGAACAAUAACAGGAAGAAGGCAGACAAUUUAUUGGAUGGAGUCCGAGAGUAUGUGAGAAUAGGGCUUAAGUUCUCUGAAACCGUGAAGGGAAAGUUGAGCUUGGGGGCUAGGAUUCUUCAACUUGGGGGAGUGAAAAGAGUUUUCAGGCAAAAUUUUGGUGUUAGAGAAGGAGAAAAGCUAUUGAAGGUUUCCCCAUGUUAUUUAUCGACAACAGCAGGCCCUAUAGCUGGCCUCCUCUUUAUCUCUACUCAAAGAGUUGCCUUUUAUAGUGAAAGAUCAAUCAAAUUUUCUUCUCCAAAUGGUGAAUUAGUUAGAAUCCAUUACAAGGUCUCUAUCCCACUAAGAAAGAUAAAGAGAGCCAAUCAAAGCGAGAAUGUGAAAAAACCUUCUCAAAAGUACAUGGAAAUUGUUACUGUGGAUAACUUUGACUUCUGGUUUAUGGGAUUCUUGAAUUACCAGAAAGCUUUCAGCUAUCUUCAACAGGCAAUCUCUCAAGUGCAUAAUCCAGUCUAGAAGUGAUUCAAGCCAAUAAGUUCUUCCCUCCCGCUUCGACAAAUGUAAUUACACGAACCUGAUGAAGCUCUGCACAAUCAAAGGCUUUGUACAUAUCUUUUUUUGUUAAUGAGAAAUUGAUCUCCAAUUCUUCAA